GCAAAUACAACAUAAUGCAGCAAUUAGAACAUCUAAAUUAGAAUUAUUUUGGUUACAAGUAACUACAGAUGUUAGUUCUUCCAGUUCAGAUAAUAAUUUUGAAACUGAAACUGAAUCUAUCUUAGAAAUUAAGAACAAUAUAAAUUUGUAUAAUCUUGCUAUUGAACAACUAGAAAAUAAAGUUAAAAGUAACAAUUACAAUGAGAUUGAAAGUGCCCACCUUAAUGCAAUGUUAUUUUAUCAUCAACUUGUAAAAUAUAGUAAAAGAAAAACUAAAGCUAGUGUUACUGUGACUAAAGCCACUGAAAAAACAUUUAUUAUGCUUAUUCUAUAUGAGCUUAGACAUCAAACUACCUUUAAAAUAGCAUUUUGCCAAUAUUGA